UGUGUGUGUGUGUGUGUGUGUGUGCAGAUGUCGGACAGUCAGUUCAUCCUGUCGUUUGUUCAUCGUGUGCUGGAGGUGCGCGGCGUCACCACGUACUUCUCCUUCUGUUAUCCGUUCUCGUACACGGAGUGUCAGGACAUGCUGCUGCAGCUGGACCACAGGCUCCUGAGCGCCGCACACACGCCGGGGCCCUGCAGUCCGCUGGAGAGCAUCUACUAUCACCGGGAGCUGCUGUGUCACUCUCUGGACGGUCACCGGGUGGAUCUGAUCACGGUCUCGUCGUGUCACGGUCUGCUGGAGGAGAGGGAGCCGCGGCUGGAGAGACUCUUCCCGGACCUCGGCACGCCUCGACCUCACGGCUUCAGCGGCAAACGGGUGUUUUUUCUGAGCAGUCGCGUUCAUCCCGGUGAGACGCCGUCUAGUUUCGUCUUUAACGGCUUCCUGAACUUCAUCUUGAGUCCGGACGAUCCUCGCGCUCAGACGCUCCGCAGGAUGUUCGUCUUCAAACUCAUUCCCAUGCUGAACCCCGACGGGGUCGUCAGGGGUCACUACAGGACGGACUCGCGCGGCGUGAAUCUGAACAGACAGUACUUGAACCCCAGUCCAGAUCUGCAUCCGUCCAUCUACGGCGCCAAAUCUCUGCUGCUCUAUCACCACAUACACAAUCGCCUCGGCAACAGCACACCCUCCACCCUCAAGACCUCCAACCAAUCAAACACCACCCCUCCUGUGACCACGCCCACUGAACUAGAGCACUGUCUCAACCUGCGCAAUGAGGCGGAGCAUGGGGAGGAGCCGACCCUUGACCUCUCUGAGAUCCCCAUGCAGCUGGAGGAGAGCUGGGAGAAGGGCGGAGUCGAGAGGGAGGCGGGGCCCUGCGAUGAGAACGAAUCCACGCCCAGCAGAGCCGAAGCACCAGGUGCGACAAACCCCGCCCCCUCAGAGCAGAUCCCGCCCCAGGAGAGCGGCGUGGCCUAUUAUAUAGACCUGCACGGACACGCCUCCAAGAGAGGAUGCUUCAUGUACGGCAACAACCUGCCGGAUGAGAGUCAGCAGGUGGAGAACAUGUUGUAUCCGAAGCUGAUCUCGUUAAACUGUGCUCACUUUGAUUUCCUGGGCUGUAACUUCUCUGAGAAGAACAUGUACGCUCGAGACAAACGCGACGGUCAGUCGAAGGAGGGCAGCGGGCGUGUGGCCAUUCACAAAGCCAUCGGCCUGAUCCACAGCUACACACUGGAGUGCAACUACAACACGGGCCGCUUGGUGAACAGCAUCCCGCCCGCCUGUCACGAUAACGGCCGAGCCACGCCCCCUCCGCCGCCCACCUUCCCGCCCAAAUACACGCCGCAGGUGUACGAGCAGGUGGGGCGCGCGGUGGCCGUCGCAGCACUGGACAUGCAGGAGUGUAACCCGUGGCCGCGGCUGGUUCUGUCUGAACACAGCAGUCUGGUGAACCUGCGCGCCUCCAUCCUCAAACACGUGAGGAACAGCAAGGGCCUCGCCUCCAACAACCGCAGGAUCGCCACCAAAUCCAGCAGCCCGCCCAAACCUGCAAGUCUGAGCAUGUCUGCCUCAGAGAACUCCCUGAUCCGGACGCGCAGUAACGGCAGUGUUCCCGGGAGCCGGCAGACGUCUCCUCAGCUCAAGAGUUCUCCCAGCUUCACCUUCGGCUGCAGCGCGUCCGGCCCCGCCACACAGCGGCCCUCACACCGGAGCCUGGGGCCCGUCAGAGAGUGUAAAGCACAGGAGAAGAGGCGUCCGCAUCAUCCGCACCAGCGGCUCUCCCUGCGGCAGCAGCCGGCCCCCGCACACCCCCCUCUCUCACCAUCCUCCUCCUCCUCGUCUUCCUCCCCAUCCUCCUCGUCCUCGGGGGCCCCGGGCCCCUGCUCCAUCAGUAUGGCAGGCAACCCAGCCGGACAGAUGAAAGAGAUUCAAACGUGUGGUGGGCGGGGCAAGCCCGGCAGUGGCCCCGCCCCCUCCCCCUCCCCCCAGCAGAGGACGGCGCUGCUGUCACAGGAGCUGCUGCGGGAGUCUCUGGACAUCCUGACGUCUAUCGAGUACAGCAGAUGUGAGCUGCAGCCCCGGCCCAGCCGGAUCCCGGUGCGGAGAGAGCUUCCUCUGGUCGGAUCCGAGACGCCCACCCUGAGAGUGUGGAAGCUCAUCAAACCCGGCAUCAAGAAACACCUGGCGGGGGUGUCUGGGAAAGACGGUUCUGCUGUGAGUCUGAAGACCUCGUGCUGUAGCUGUCAGAGCUCUGGAGACAAACACACACACAGAUCUCUGCAGACCUGAGAGACUCUGGAUCUGUUCAUCUACACACACACACACACACACACACACACUCACUCAUGUUAGAGGAACAGUUCAGCCAAAAUCUGCUC